AUGGGCCUGCUUCACCGCAGCGAUCGCAAAGAUCCACCUCCACCCUAUACGGCCCGAGCUGAUGGCGCCAGAAGUCCCCACCAAACAGCCAACCUGAACCCACUGGCUGAUCAGCGUCCCAUUGACUCAACCGAGGGCAAAAAAUCUACCAAGUCGCCCGCACCUCCAUCACCUACCAACCUUGCACCUCCUUAUGAUGACCAGUCGGCCUCGGGCUCGUCCCCACCAUCUCUCUUUGGCGACGCCAGCCGUUAUGCCGGCCCGCCGCAGCCGUCGGGGGUCAUGGGCAACGUCGCGCGUCAAUUCCCUCCCGUGUUCGCCCUCUACUCCAACGGAAUGUCACUGAGUCGCAGCUACAUGAUCGGCCCGCACCAGAACGAGCCGCUCUACGCCGUCGAGCUCCACACGGGCAUGUCUAGCAGUCCUCCCUUGGUCCUGCACAACGGCCCCGACGCCUCGUGUCCCAUGCUGGCGAGCCUCGAGUUUCACACCUUCAGGAGCUCGGUCGACAUGAUGGUCCCUCCCCUGCCGGGAAUGUCGGGGUCGCCCGAGAUCAAGCUCCAGAGCACUGGUUCGUUUCACAGAUCGUACAUGUUCAGCAUCGAGGUCGGGCUGGGCGGGCAGAUGCGCUCCGAGAUGUUUGAGUGGCGGCACUCGUAUGGGGCCGCGAUCGAGGCGCUGGAUGGCGACUUUGACGGCUACAAACUUGUGCGUCUGGAGCGGGGCCCUCCCCCCGGAAUGCCAGCCGGGGCGCGCUACGACCCUGGUCAGUUCGCCGCCAGCGAUGGGCUCGAGGUGGUCGCGGCCUGGACUGACGCUCGCCUGAGCUGGACCAAGCAGGGCAAAUUCGCCUUUAUCGGCACAGGACAGUCUGGGCUGCUAGGGGAGCGCUGGGCUGUGGCUGCCGUCUUGUCGGCGCUUGCCAUUUGGGAGAUACAGAGGAGGCGCAAGCGAAACAAUGCCAGCUAG